ACAUAAAACAAAGCAGUCUUCGGAUAUUCAUAGGCGAGUGAAUCCUUUGGCCCUCCUUUUUCUCUUCCUUUAUUGAUCCAUCUCCCAGUCAACUCGGACGGCCAAACCACCAAAGUCCCCCUCACAUUCUCCUUCGUCUGAAAACCCUAAUUUCUUCAUCCUUCUUUCAUUCACAACUUAAAUCAACCAAGUCUAAUUUAAUGGAAUCGAUUAGUUCAAAUCUUUACGAUCUGUUUUUAAUGUCGUUACUUUAUUAUUAACAAUAUCCGAAAUUACCCUUUUUGUUUCUUUUCGUUUCGUUUCGUUUCUAAAUUUGAUAUGUCUUCGGAGAUCGAGGUCGUCGAAGAGGUUGAUCAAUCGUCUCAAUCGCAGAAUCACCAAUCAAACGGCGUCGUUGUCGAUGAAGAGAGUCUUCGUAACGACAUCUACACGGCUGCCGCCUAUGGAGAUUUGGAAAAGCUUCACAAGUUGGUUGAGUCCGAGGGUUGCUCUGUCUCCAAGCCGGAUGGAUUAGGCUACUAUGCUCUUCAAUGGGCCGCGCUUAAUAAUCGGACCGCGGCUGCUCAGUAUAUCAUUGAGCAUGGUGGAGAUAUAAAUGCUGCAGAUCAUACUGGGCAGACUGCAUUGCAUUGGAGUGCAGUUCGAGGUGCAAUCCAAGUUGCCGAGCUUCUACUUCAAGAGGGUGCACGGAUUAAUGCAGCUGAUAUUUAUGGCUAUCAGACUACACAUGUUGCAGCUCAAUAUGGUCAAACAGCUUUCCUCUAUCACAUAGUUUCAAAAUGGAAUGCUGAUCCUGAUGCUCCUGAUAAUGAUGGAAGAAGCCCUUUACACUGGGCUGCUUACAAGGGUUUUGCUGAUUGUAUACGCCUACUUUUAUUUUUGGAUGCAUACAGAGGACGCCAAGAUAAAGAAGGUUGCACUCCACUUCAUUGGGCUGCUAUUAGGGGUAAUUUGGAGGCAUGCACGGUGUUAGUACAGGCUGGAAAGAAGGAAGACCUAAUUGUUACUGACAAUACUGGCCUGACGCCUGCACAGCUUGCUUCUGAUAAGAAUCACAGACAAGUUGCUUUUUUCCUUGGGAAUGCUAGAAAGUUGCUUGAUAAACGAUUUGAUGGGAACAGUACUCUUGGGAAGCUUUCAAAACUAGGACUUGCACCUAUACUUUGGUGUUUGAUUUUGCUGCUACUCGUGACUUAUAUGCAUUCUGUCAUCAUGGCAUCAAAUUUGCCGAAGUUAACUGCUGGCUUUGGCCUUCUUGCAUGGUUGGGUGUUUUCCUAGCAAGUGGUGGAUUAGUUUUGUUCUAUAGGUGUAGUAGAAAGGAUCCAGGUUACAUCCGGAGGAAUGUGCAUGAUUCACAAAUGAAAGAUGAUGAACCUUUAUUGAAGAUUGAGAUAAAUAAUCCUGCUUUGCUAGCUGGAAAUUGGUCUCAGCUCUGUGCCACAUGCAAGAUUGUGAGACCUCUUCGUGCAAAGCACUGUUCCACCUGUGAUCGUUGUGUUGAGCAAUUUGACCACCAUUGUCCUUGGGUAUCCAAUUGCAUUGGCAAGAAAAACAAAUGGGAUUUCUUUCUUUUUCUUGUUUUAGAAGUUUCAGCCAUGUUGGUAACUGGUGCAGUUACUUUUACAAGAAUUUUGACUGAUCCAGUGGCUCCCUCAUCAUUUGGAGCAUGGAUAAACCAUGCUAGCACUCACCAUGUUGGGGCUAUAUCAUUUCUUACUAUGGAUUUUUUCCUCUUUUUUGGUGUGGCUGUCUUAACAAUUGUUCAAGCUUCUCAGAUAUCCCGCAAUAUAACAACAAAUGAAAUGGCAAACGCAUUACGCUACAGCUACCUUAGAGGUCCUGGUGGUAGGUUUAGAAACCCAUACGAUCAUGGGUGCCGGAAGAACUGUUCUGAUUUCCUAGUCAGUGGCCACAACGAAGAUGUGGAGUUGAUUGAAGAUUCUGCUGAAGGGAUUGGAAUGAUGCAGAUGUCAAGAAAUUCAGACUUGCAAAAUGGAGAUGGCCAUAUGCAUCAUGCAAAUGGCAAUGGCCAUAUGCAUCAUGCAAAUGGCAAUGGCCAUAUGCAUCAUGCAAAUGGCAAUGGCCAUGUUGCCAUUAAUUUGAAUUCUAAGAACUCCAACACACUUCAUGGCCACAGUCACGGCCAUGGUAAUGGACAUGGGCAUGGACAUGUGCAUUCCCCCCAUUGCAGCCAUGUUAACCAUAGUAAGUCUAGAUCUGAGAGCAUCCCAAUUGGAUUGGGUCUUGGUCUCGGAUGCAGUUCUGUGCGUUAAAUUGUAUCUGCACGAUAUAUCGUAGGCUGAGAUUCAUGUGCAUUGUGUUAUAUUAUCAACAUACAUCAGCUUUAGCAUCAACAGUUAUAAUGAUUGUUGCUCUUUUUUGUUACCAAAGGGUGUUCAGUUCUUGUACACUUGUUUUCACUUUUGUGGAUUAAUUUAGUUGCUCUGCGAGACCUCCCUAUCCCCUCUGGGUGUUUUUACAUUGCACAAUGUAAAUAUUAAUGAUGGUGGACGGCCCCUUAUUUUAGCAGUAAAAAUUUUUAGCACUUGUUUUCUUACCUA